GGGAAAGCGGCGAAGCCCGAGGAAGCGGCGGAGGAGGGGCCACCAAAAUAUACAAAAUCAAUUUUAAAGAAGGGUGAUAAAACCAACUUUCCGAAGAAAGGAGACACUGUUCACUGCUGGUAUACAGGGAAACUGCAGGAUGGAACAGUCUUCGAUACCAAUAUUCAAACAAGUUCAAAGAAGAAAAAAGCAGCCAAGCCUUUAAGUUUCAAAGUUGGUGUAGGAAAAGUAAUCAGAGGUUGGGAUGAAGCCCUGUUAACGAUGAGUAAAGGAGAGAAGGCUCAACUGGAAAUCGAACCUGAGUGGGCCUAUGGCAAGAAAGGGCAGCCCGAUGCCAAGAUUCCACCCAAUGCAAAACUCUUCUUUGAAGUGGAAUUGGUGGAUAUUGAAUGA